GUGUGUGUGUGUGCUAAAGCCAAAUUAAACUUUUUAUUUUGGAAAGCAUACCGUGCUAAAGAUUCCUAAUUCAUAUUUUCAAAUGUUGGCAGGUAUGGGACUGUCUUGAGAUGGCACGUUCCAAAACAAUGAUAAUUUUCAUGGGUAAAAAUUAGUAAACUUCCAGUAAAAGUUUCCAAGUAAAUAAUGAAAGGUAUGACGCUGGUCAAACAUUACAUUAUCAUACCGUCAACCCUUCUGAAUAAUCCGGAAUAUGCCAAUUUGUAGUAUUUUAAGGACCUGAAAAUUUGGAAUAUUCUGAUUUUUCAAAUUUUAAACUUUUUUAUUAAUUUUUUUAAAUAUUUUUUUUUGUAUUGCUAGAGCCAAAUUAAGAUUGUUUUAUCAUGUGCUGCGAUUAGAGAGUUCACGUAUUGCGUGCCUUGAAUGGCUGCAUGAUUGAGCAGCGAAUUUGUAUUCGCGUUUUUGUACAGAAACCGCGUAUUGCCAGUUACACUGCCGCUGCAUACAUGUGCGAACGCCUAUUUAGGGUACAGACUUCUUAUUUUCGAAGGCAUACCGCGCUAGAAAUUCCCAAUUCUUUUUUUCAAAUGUUGGCAGGUAUAUGCAUUAGUCAUGAGUCAGAGUUCAUGGGAUUAUUCCUGAAAAGGAAUCCUCAUGCCCAUAAAAGGUGAAGGGAAAGGGUGAAUGGGGAGCAAGUAAACAUCCGUUGGACAGAAAUUUCCAAGGAGUAACGCAUACAUGGAUCUGCCCCUACAUGGAUCGCAUACAUGGAUCGCAUACAUGGAUCUGCCCCUGUGUAUUUAACCCAAAAAGGGUUAAUUGAAUAUAGUAUUCUUCACAAGACAGCUCAAAAAGAUCACAACAAAAAUUUAGAAUAUUUGAGUCUUUUCAAGCUGUGGUCAUGUUUUCUGCAGGUGACAUCCAUGUUCCAUCAUCCAAACACUCCAGCCAUUGAGCCAAGCCAUCUCCAGCAACUUAUACUGAGCUUUGACCUCUAUAAGAGUGUACCAGAUCUUUGCCGUCUGUAUCUAUGCCAUGGGUUCUUGGUGAUGUUAGAACCAAGAGAUCUAGUCCAGGAUCUUGGGCAGGGUGACACAGCGCUUCUUGAUGUACUCUUCCCUGAGAUAUAUCAACUCACAGAAUGCCUUGCUAAUUCCAGUAACUCACUAGCAGCAGCCAGAACACUAUGUCAGUGGGUUGAGGUAACAGGAAAGCUAGUGAACAAGGUUGAGUCAUCUCAUGUCAAGAGUGCCCUCUCUGGUCCAUCACCUAUCCCGCAGAAGCUACUCCUCUAUGUGACUACCCACUGGGACCAUCCAGUAGAUGGUAUCCGUCAUCAGACUAAAGCAAUAUUUGAAGGUGUAAUGAAAAUACAUGUAAAGACUGUCAAUGGAGUUUCUGUACACCAAGACCCUUUCAUACUAGACACCCUGUCCACACUGCUAAGCACAGACUGGCAUACAAGGGGCAAGUAUGGACCACUAGGAUGCAUUUUUGAGAUGGAAGGAGCAUCAAAUGUGAUCAACCUCUAUCCAGGGGUUCUUAAACAACUUCUGGCAGUGAUGGGUGAACACGCUAUGGCAACUCAUUCAUGUGAAGUGAUAGAGAAACUGUUCAACCAACACAAGAGGGAGCUACAGCAUACGGAGGGUAACUCUUCCCUCCUGUGGAAUGAAACUUGGGUUGUACCAAUCCUCGCUGUCUUGAGUGACCAAACCAAACCCAGCAAACAGAAAGGAUUCAUUAUUGAUUACCUCAUCCCCAAACUUCUCAAAUGCAGUCCACCAAGCCUUGCCUUCAUCAUACAACACCUGAGCUCUCAGGAGCCUUUCAACGCUCCAAGAAUGAAAGAAGGCAACCCUUCUCAAACUCAACCUCUUACAGCUGAUGCUGUCAGGAGUAAGGAAUGUUUCCAUGGCAACCACGAAUCAUCAUCCUCAUCCUGUGAUGGUGGUAAAUUGGGGGCGCUUCUAUCAUGUCUGAAGACGGCUAGGUCUCUAGGAUUGCUCAAGAGUGGUCAGGAUGCAGAUACGACAAAGAAAGAGAAGAGACAAGAGAGAGUAGAGGAAAAGAAAGAAGAGGGGUUGGAUUCGAGAGGAAAGGAAGAUGAGGAAGCGAGAUUAUGGAAGGGCCUUGUACCUGUCAGACUUCUCUGUCAAGCUCUCAGUCACUCCACUGAUCAGAUUCGAAUUGAUACUAUCGGUCUCCUGUGUGACUCUAACAAGACAACAGAAGAUGUCUCUGAGAUAGAUCUCUCUCUUCUCAUCUUCUCCCUUCCUCUCAAUCUUAACAAUCCAUCUCCAUCUUUCAGGCAACAACUCAUUAGUCAUAUCAAGAAACUUCUUUUUCGCUUGAGAGAAAGUGGAAGAAUCCUUUUCAAGAAAUCACAGAGAGCUCAAGAUCUCCAGGAUUAUCACUCAAGAUUACUUCUAAAGUAUAAGGAUUUCCUUGAUUGGUUAUGUUCAGUGAUGUUUCAUAGUCUAAGGCCAGGGUUUGGUUAUGCAUGUAGAGCUACUUCACUCCAGGCCCUAACAGCAAUCCAUGCAACCUUCACGUCUUCAAUCAAUGGACUUUUUGCUACAUCAACACUAUGGUCAACGAGCAGAGUUAAUCUCAUGGUCACAAGACUGAUGGACAACUACGAGAGUAACAGGGUCAUGGCCUUUGACCUCUUAGCUAGUCUUCCACAAGCCAUCCUAGGGUUAGAGAGUCCUAAAAAGCUUCAAGAUCGAUACCGAGUUGCAUAUGAUCUUGCCAUCAGCAACAAACCUUACAACUGUGAAACAGCAGCCUACGUCUUCAGACUUCUCAUCAGGCAGGUCCAACCUAGUCUCUAUACCGGCCUCUCUACAACCACAAAUGUAGAGGCAAUGGAGUACCAAUCCCAAUCUAGGCUUGAUGCCAGGAGCUCCAUAGAAUCCAACACAUUGUGGGUCAUGCAGGAGCUAUGUAAUGCCCUUGAAGAACAAGUGGAAGUUGCUAGAGAGAGUCUACUAGAAACUGCUGUCCAAGGUCCUAUGUAUGGAGUGCUGCAUUGCCUGAGGAUUCUUUUAGGGGACACAGAUCUGAAAACAUUGCCAAAGGUUGCUGCAUGGAAGUGUGUUGUUACAAGACUCAUUCAACUUUGCUUUGAUGUUGCUGAUGUUGCUGCCACAGUGGUAUGCAACUCCACCCCUGAAGGAUUCAUUCCUUCUGAGCAGAAACAAGAAAAGGAGGAAGAGGGAGAAUGUGGAGCAAGGAGUAAACUGGAGACGCUCCAUGUGACCCCUCAGAUGAUCCUGGUAUGCUGUUGGAGGAGUAUGAAGGAAGUCUCCUUGCUCCUUGGGGAGCUUAGUCAAAGAACUCCCAUGGAGGAUGAAGACAGAGAGGGCCUGGUCACAAGUUUACAGGUCAAAUCUAUUGGAACUUUCUUUAUGAAGCUGCUAAGAAAAUCCAAGCAUAGAGGAGCAUUUGAGUUGGCAUACGCCGGUUUCAUCAAACUAAGUACUAGGAUAUGGAGUGAACCCAGUAGUAUUCAUGGCCUCCCACAGCGAUGGUUGUCUGAGUUGCUUCAAGAGAUCACAAGCAACAAAUCUAUGUUGUGUGCCACAAGACGAAGUGCUGGGAUCCCUUUUGCUAUCCAAGCCCUGGUUGGACCAGAGCCCAAGGAGCUUGGGAAGCCUUGCUUUCAGAAUACCAUGGCAACACUGCUCAACCUGGCACUGCAACCAUCUGAAAAUGAGGAUCAGACAGCACGGGUCCAUGCUCUCAACAUCCUUCGGGCUCUGUUCCGUGAUACUAAACUUAGUCAGGAGGUUCUACCUUUCAUUGGAAAUGGAGUCAAAGCUGCCAUCUUAGGAUUUGCUGCCAAGUUUUGGGCUGUGCGUAACUCAGCCACGAUGCUAUUUAGUGCACUCAUAUCAAGGAUAUUCGGAGUCAAGAGAGCAAGAGAUGAACUGGCAAGGAAAAAUUGCAUGACUGGUACAGAAUUCUUUUCCCGAUUUCCCACUCUCCAUGGUUUCCUCCUAGAGCAGUUUCAACAAGCACAAGAAGCUGAGAACACCUCAAAACCUGGUGUGACUGUUCUACACCCCAGUCUGUUCCCAUCUCUGCUAUUAUUAUCAAGGCUUUACCCUUCACCCAAUGAUACCAAUAACAGCAACAUGAGUAUGACACCAUUCUUGCCCUAUGUUAUCAGAGCUGGAUGUAGUGCAGUACAUAAGACCCGCAGCAUUGCAGCUACUGCCCUUGUUCCGCUGGUCCCACCCAACCAGCUAGUCCAUACAUUACAUCACCUCAUAGACAUGCUACUUGGGGCAGCGAAUCAUCCUCCACCACAUCCCAAUGCUAUACAUGGAAUCCUUAUGCAGAUCCACUGCUUAUUGGAGAAGUACACCAAAGACACCAACCUACCUCACUCUAUCCUGGACGAUAUCACAUCUACUGUCCUUCCAAGGUUUCAUCAACUCAUGUGGCUAACAUCAAGACAGAACAAGUCCUACAUUACACAAGCAGCAUUUAUAGCAAUUCUCAAGGAUUUCUUUGUGGAUACCACAUGGUUGCAUACCACUUCCUCAAUGACAACAGAAACAACAUCCACCUCAGAGGCAACUGUACACAAGACAAAUCGAAGUCUUCUACUUACCUCGAUCUUAAAAUUGGCCAAAGGAGAAGUUGAUGAUGGAGGACUACAUGAGAUGUCUUCAUCAAGCUGUCCAGGGUUUCCCCUAAGACAGGCAACAUUUGCUUCCCUGUGUUUCAAGCUGAGGGAUACAAUAUUGCUCAUGGAAAUGCCAGGAGUAGAACAGAGAGAGGAGAGGAUAGAUUGUUAUUCAGUUUACCUGGCAACAGAUGGUAUGCAACGUUCACUACAGCAACCACAAAUGUGUCAUCAGCAACAUGAACAGCAACAUCAACAACCUGAAAGCAGCCCCUCUGAGUUGGGAUUCAUGAAGGGCUUGCAUCUCUAUUUCCUCUAUACUCCAUUCCCUGAAGUGAGAAUGGUCACCUUGACUCACCUCAUAAGAGUAAUGGAACAGUCCACAUGUCAAGGGUCAGAUGGAAUACUGGGAGAUACCAAUGCCCAUAUAGGGGUGUGCCAUAAGCUGGAAUUGAUAGAGCGGUUAAUGGAUAUGAUGUUGCAAGAAGAGGACCAUGAAUGUUUAGCCAAGGUAUGUGAAGCUUUAAGUAUUCUUAUCCCGGAGGUUCUGUCAUCACGGUUACCCUCUUCUUCAUCAUCAUCAUCACCUUUAGGAGUAGAACCCAAGAUGUUUGUCAGGCAAUGUCUUGAUUUAGCCCAUGAAAACGAUGCAAGAGAAGAGAUUCUUAGUAGUGUUAUCUCCUUGAGUGGUGCAGUACUUCCUCUGAUGGAUUAUUCUUCUCAGCCUGCAGAUAAUGAUCUAUCCCUAUUCCAAAGUUGGGCAAACCUGAUCAAGUCAUGUAGCCAAUCAGGGAGAAGCGCUCAGCUCAGAUGUGCAGUAGCCAAACUUUUUCAUCAUUCUGCUGUAUCACUGCUUGGUGUUGUUCAACCACAUAUAGCUGAUAUCCAAUUAUCUCUAUGGGACAUUGUGGUAGCUUUUCUCCAAGAUGAUGAUGAUGAUGUUCAAAAAACUGCUGCUAGAUGUGUCAUGAAAACAGCUCGUUUGAUGCCACCAAUAAAAGACUUUGCAGAAUUCACUACAGAGCUGGAGCCUUUCCUGAGGAAGUUAAACAAUGUCCUAACAGAUGUGGAUACAUGUGCUAACAAUGAGAUGAAAGUAACCCAACCUGCAUCUGAUUGGUCAAUGCUUCUGCGCUUGAAGGAGGGGCCUGUUUCUAUGGAUAUCCUCCAAACCAUGGCAGAAACCUACAGACGUGUGUACAGCUUCCUGCUCAGUGAUGACGUUGACCUUGUGUCGUGGGAUCUGCAACCCUGUCUGCUGCUCUAUGUGUCACCGUAUCUCCUAUCCCAUCUCCACUUCAAAGAGAACCCUGAUGGUUGCCUAGCAACCCUAGUCAACUGGGCCAGAGAGGGAGGUAUAGACUUGGAACCGAUGUCUAGCAGUGAAGAGGUAAGUUGAUUUUUAUGCCUCCGUUACGAAGUAGCCGGAGGCAUUAUGUUUUUUUUGGGUUGUCCGUACGUCCC